AUGAAUAAAGUAUUGGAUGUUCUCCAGGAUUCUACAAUUGCCUCCAAGGGUGGCAAGGACAUCCGCUCUCGUUUCUGGACGAUACACAGAAGAGUCGCGGAGGAACACGACAGCGAGUUCCUUGAGCGAUAUACAAGUGAUAUGGACAUUGUUUUGGUCUUCUCCGGUCUUUUCUCCGCUGUUAGCACGUCUUUUAUCGUAGCAAUGGAGUCUAGCCUCAGUUUCGACCCCAGUGACACCACAAACGCUCUUCUCACGCAGCUCGUGCAAAUCGGACUCGGCGACCUUGCUGCAGCGGGCGCAGAGCCUGCAGCGCCGGCAUCUGCAUGGUCGCCAUCCACGUCGAACGUAAGGAUCCAAGCGAUCGCAUACGCAAGCUUGUGCAUGAGCUUGCUCGCUGCAUUAGGUGCCAUGUUAGGAAAGCAGUGGCUCGGGUACUACAAGUCGAGCAGAUAUGGUCGUGGCUCGCCAGAGGAACGAGGGAAGCGCAGACAAGAGAAAUUCGAAGGGAUCAUCACAUGGUAUUUUGAUGCUGUCGUUCAAUCAUUUCCGAUCUUACUUCAACUCUCCCUUCUUCUCUUUGGAAUCGCCCUCAGCGCCAACAUGUGGUACAAGCCUCACAGCAUUGCCUGGGUUAUCAUCACAACCACAGUCUUCGGAGUUUUGUGCUAUUCCCUGACUUUGAUGGCAGCUUUGGUAUCUCCCGCCUGUCCAUUUCAGACCCCGAUAUCGACAAUAUUGCGCAUGUUGCACGUCGACAGUAAGCUCUUUGUGCACUAUGGUGGUCAUUUUCAAUCUGAAUCUACAUGCAGGAGUUUUACGCCCAAUGGUCAAACUAGCCUUGAGGUAUUUCCAGCGACUGGCAACGUCGGUGCACAGUGA